UUUCAUAUUGGAUGAAUCAAACGACUAUAUACUCAGCUUCUUUUUCCUAAACGAGAAUUUACCAACAAUGUAUCUUCGUCUUUUUACUUCCAACCAUACUCGGCGCUAAAUCACCCUGAUACGUAAUACUGCAAAACCCUAAAUUCUUACAUCUCUAUAGCAAUAUGAAAUUCAGGGUGCCAUGAUUUAAUAAAAAUGCAGCACAAUCAAGUCUAGCCUACAUUUUCUUCAUCAGCUUCUUCGAACCAUACUAACUUGCAAUGGAAGGAGGACCGAUGUGUAUGCGAGAGGCGAUUCAGCGUGAACUUGAGAAAGAGAUGAUACGGGGGAUGAUUAUAGCAGAGGAAGUUGAGCGUCUACACGUUUUGGAAGCAGAAGUGAGGAAUGAAUUGAUGAUUGGACGAGAGAUUAUGGCAAUGAAUAACCGAAAGGGAUUUUCAUCGUCGUUUAUGCCAACCACGUCUGGAGCUGGACAUAACCCACCACCAUUAUUACAUUCAACCGAGCUUAAUUCCUACAGUCAAAAGAAGAACAUAGAGUGGAAAUGUCCGAUCUGUAAGGUUAGUGCACCAUGUGAGAAUGGUUUCCUGCAACAUCUUGCAGGAAAAAAACACAUGGCCAAAAAGGCAACUAUCAAUUACUCAUCCAAAUGGAUAUGUCCAAUCUGUGAGGUUAGUACAACGUGUGAGAGUGGUUUACUAGAUCACCUUAGAGGAAAAAAACAUAAAGCCAAUAUGGAGUCUUUGAGAGGUGACAACAAUGGUAAAAGUAACAAGUCUGUUGAGACACAUGAGCCAUUUGUGAUUAAGAACUUUUUAGGAUAUGUUUCAAAUGAUUUGAAAGAAGAUACAAAGAAGAAGGAAAUGGAGUGGAGAUGUCGGAUCUGUGAGGUGAUUGCAACAAGUGAGAUUGAUUUACAGAAGCAUAUCGCGGGAAGGAAACAUAAGGCUAAGGUGGUAACUUUAGGAAAAGGAAAAAAGAUUUAAAAAAUACUUGUUAAGACUAUAAGUUUGAUUUGAGUUUUGGUUCUUUUUAUUGUUUGCAAACAAGCUUUUAAUUUGUUUUUCAUGGGCUAAUGUUGUAGACUUGAUAAAUGGAACUACUUUAAUAUUGUAAAAAUAUAUUGAAAGUCCGCAUAGUAUUACAAUUCUUGUUGAGUUCAAGAGUGGUGGG